CCUCGCUCCACCACUCAUGAAUCACUCACAUUGACUGACCUGCCGUCGGCGCUUCGGGCACCUUCGGUGCCCUCCGCAUGAGCGUCAAACUCUGGCUAGUCGAUGCUCGGCUCGGCCCUUCGGGCCUCACUUCUUCUUCCCCUUGCCCUUGGCCCCCUUUUCUUUCUUCUUGGGUGCGUUUGCCGCUGUGACGUAGUCGGGGACGGACACGUAGAAAAGGUGGGGCACCUCCAACUCAACCUGUGUGCACACACCACACCACACCACACCACACCACACCGCACCACACCACACCACAUUCCCUUGCCCUUGUGUCUUCGGCUAGUUACCGGUAUGAGAGCACGUCGACAUAGGUCGAUGUUGCGCCGGGCCUGUACAGGCCAGCCAGCCAGCCAGCCAGCCAGACUCCAGAGGUGCCAUAGUAUGCUCUGUUGGUGUGUGUGAGUGCGUGUGUGGUUAGGUAUUUGUUUACUGCGACUGUCCUCGGGUGGUCGUGGCCCAGCUGAUCGGCCAGAAGCAUGGUCCCGAUGUCCAAAUACGCAUGCGACUCACGAUGCCUGCACAGCACACCACACCAACGUGGACACGACACGACCAGAGAGAGAGACAGUGCCAUCCAUGUCAUGAAUCUUCGUUGCUAAGCUAGGAGCCAACGUUGGCACCUUGGUCACCCACCCACCCACCCACCUUUUCAGGUGCGCAAAGCAGACCCCCAGGUUGACGUAUGUCGAGGCCGUGUCGACGGAAUCCAUGCCUGCAGCACAGGCAGGACAACGAACGGCGCCCGCAAGGAAAGACGUGUGCGUGUCUCUCUCUGCAUCUGGCUCUCUGGGCAGACAGGACCCGUUGUGCUCUCGCGGAUGAGGCGCGCCUGCAAACAAUGGGCAGAAGAGAUGGCCAUGCAUCAGAUAUAUCAGGCAGUGCAGUGCGUGUUGGCCAGUCAGUCGACUGACCUACCUUCAAGUAGCAGCGUGUGGCGACAUCGACCUCGCCAGCAGUGAGCGAGACAUGGCCUAACGAGCUGCAGGGGAGGGCUCGGUCUGGAUGGCUGGCAGGGUACCUGCACACCACACCACACAUCCAUCCAUCCAUCCCUCCAUGUCUGUCUGCCUGCUUGCGCACUUGUCCACUUCUCGUGUUGCACACUCCAGAGCACGAACAGCGUCCACAACUGACAAAGAGGACGGCAGGAAACAUACAUCCAUCAGACGACACGUACUGCAUAGCUUAACGACGGGUUGGUUGCUUACGCAUGCCCAUGCCGACGAGUAUGCUGGCCAUCUCCAUCAUGAAGAAGAAGAGCUCGUCCCUCCGCAGAAAGGCCAGCUCGAGGUCGUCACCGUCCUCCGUCUUACGCAAGACAUCCCGCCACGCAUCGGCAGCCGCCUCCUCCUCGGCUGCUGCACCACCGCCCUUCCCUUCACACCGUGUGGUGACUGCAGCAGCCGCUGGUGCGUCAGUCGAUGGCAUGUCUGGCGUGUUGGGGCUGGAAGGCAUGAAGGGGGAGGAAAGGAGAGUCCCUGGUGUGGUGGACCGAGGGCCUCCUUCCAAAUGACAGACACACAGACACACGAAGAAGGGAAAGAGCCUCGUCCAUCGCGUAUGUGGGGGGGGUUGUGUGUUGUGUAUGCCGACCCAUCCGCCCACCUACCUGCUUCUCCACUUGGCGACAGGAGCUUCUGCGGUGAAGGGGGUGCGCCGAUGAGGCUCUGUAUUUUGGCGCGUGUGGGUGUCUGGUCGCUGCCUUCUUCCAUGAGAGCGGCGGUGACUCUGUCUCUUCUCGAGUUGACCCAGCGCCGCCAUAUGGUGGCCAGGGUGGCCAGAGCCUUGUCGAAGGCAAGAUCGAGGCGGUAGGCAGACAGACUCGACAUCUGAGAGAGAGAGAGAGAGAGAGCCCAUAGCUAAGGGGCGUGUGUGUCUGUGUGUGGCUACCAGCACAGUGAUCUCUUCCAGCUCUGCAGCAGGGGGGAUGAAGAAGUCCUCAAGCAGGCAGAGCUGAAAGCUGCUCUGAGAACGAACGGUGAACAGAGACAGGGACGCAGAGAGGAAGCAGAUGACAAUGACGGGCCGAUCGCUGCACCCUUUACCUACCUGCAGACCGGGAGCCGCUUUUGCCAGCGCGGCCUGCAAAUCAUCAAAUCAGGAAGGAAUGGCGUGUGUUGUGUAUUAUAGGUGCGGCUGGCUCUUCUGUUCGCGUGGCCCACCUCAUCUCACCUCACCUGCGUUGCCCGCCAGAGGAAUCUCGGUGGCUCCUCGUAGGGGGCGACAGAAGGUUUGGCGGCAGGUUGUGGGACGGGCAUGAAUGUGGGCCUAUUCCACUGUAUCUCACGCUCCUCCUCCUCGGCCUUGCCCUUCCCCUUUCCGGCCUCCUUGCCCUUCCCCUUGGCACCCUUGUCGCCGCCACCUUUCUUCUUUUUCGGUUUCUUCUUGCCCUCUGCACAGAGAGAGAGAGAGGUAUACAUACCCACAAUACAGGCCUUCUUGGUGGCGCCUGUGUGUAGUGGUGAUGGUUCUGUCUCCGCCCCGCCCAACCUAUCUAUCCACCCAUUCACCUUUGGCAGCUUCCUGCUGCUUCCGAUACUCCUCGAUCUUAUCGACGUAUGGCACAAGCUUCUUGGGGUCGGGCCGUGUCAGCACCCUGCUCGGCGCGGGCGGCACUGGGGGGAAGCCCACACACAUGCUUUCCAGCCUGCUCCUCAUCUGCAGCCGCUCCCUCUCCUCCUGUGCGGCCACGGCGGCGGGCGGCACCUCCCUCGCUGUGGGCACACGGCUGGAGGGGCGGAAGAGGUCCUCCACCACCCACCCUGACACCGGCCCAGAGUCAGAAGGGAGAUUCAGGAACCUGAGUGGACAGGACAGCAAGCAUUCAAGUUACAUAAGUCACUUGUAUGUCUCUAUGCAGGUGUCUGUCUCUGUGUGUACCUCAGUACCUGUAAAGGACGUCCUCAAGUCGGCUCUUGUGGACGUCGAGGGGGCUCCGCAGCACCGACGGCGGCGCACCCACGGCCAGCGCCACCAACGUCUCAACAAACUUGCAGAAGUCCAUCUGAGGUUCCGCUGUGUGCAGCAUCGACAGGUGGAUGGGUGGAUGGGUGGAUGGUUGGAUGGAUGGAUGGAUGGAAGGGUAAGUCGUGACAAGGGAGACAGAGGCACGGUCGCAAAACGAAGUGCCUUACUUACCUGGCAGGGCAGAUGAUGUGGGGAUGGUCAUGCUGGGGCUGCCACUGCCGUCUCGGCUGAGGGGUGAGGGCGCCUCCUGGGUGAUCUUCUCGCGGUCGAAGAACAACCGCUGGUCGAGGUUGCUGUGGGCGUCGAUAAACAUCUCACGCAGAAGCUCCGCCGCCUCCUCCUCAACCUGCACGAUGGCAUCGGAAGGGUGGGUGGGUGGUGUGUGUUCUGUCUUGUGUCUUGCGUGUACGCUAAGUCUGCUGACUGACCAGCAGUUUGGGGAUGAUGCCUGUGGCCCUGCAGAAGCGCAGGAAUGAUCGAGCGGUCAUGGAUACGGCUCCCUGCUUGAUCUUGGUCACGGGAGGGGCUGCAGACAGCGAAAUGCAUUCAUUAUGAUGCAUCCAAUUUCUCCGUCCCUCCGUCCCUCCCUCCCUCCCUCCCUCGAGGCGCACCUGGCUUCAUCGGAUCUCGGGUAGAGUAGUGGCAGAAUAUGCGAGACAAGGUCUUGUAGCAGCCGUACACUACCUGACACACACAGACGCAGAGAGAGACAGACAGAAACCGCAAGGCGACAAGUAAGUUCAUCUCAUGCAUCCCACCACACCCAUGAUGGCCAUGCUCUCACUCACUCACCUCAAUGAGCAGAGGGUGGAAGAACACGUCCCGCAACGGGGACCUGUCGGCCGCCUCAAAUACCCCGGGCCUCUGCUCUUCCGUGGAGGUGAUGAGCCGCGCCACAUCACUGGCACUCCCCAGCCGCGGGUGGAUGGCCGCAAGACCCGCCAGGGUCAGCACAAACUGCCUCAGGUCCAGCUUCCGCGCCUCCAGCUGCAUGCACCACACGCAGUGAACAACAAACGGACAGACAACAGUCAGUGCAAACGCUGACUCCAUGUCCGCGGCGUGCACCCCACCGGCGGUGCUUCGGGCCGCUUCUCCUUCGGCUUCUCUGCAGCGGUUGGCGACUCCGGCGGAGUUGGCGGCGGCGUGGUGACUUCCUGGAAGACCUUGAGAGCCCUCAGGUGGUCCACCCCCGCCUCCAACACGCGGCAGUGGUCCACGAAGCGAAAGUAGUCGAGGAGGGUCAUUCCGGCCUCUGCAGCGGUGAACUCAAGGAAGAUGGCGUUGGCUGACUCCUGACUCUUGGAGCCGAGCGACGCCAUCAGGGUGGCUGACGACUGGCCGGAGAGCUUCUGCAUGAUGCUUGUUGACCAGCGGUCACGAGGAC